CAAAUAUAAAACUGUGGUACAAACUCCAAUGUUGUAAAAAAAAAAACUCCCAGGCCAGCUCCCCCCAUCAGAAAUGGCUUUCACUCCUCCUAAACCCUCUCUGUCCCUCCUUACUUUCCUCUCCCUCCUCCUCUUCACUUAUGCAAGAGUGAAUCUCGAUCACUCAGACCUCAAAGCCUUCUCCAUCAUCCACAAUGAAUUGGGCAUCAAUGGUCAACGCAGCCCCUCCACCACCCCUUGCAACAAUCCAGGUGUCUUCUGCGAGAGGAGGCUCUCUAACAACAACACCUAUGUACUCAAAAUCACUAGACUCAUCUUUAAGUCCCAACGCCUCACUGGGUUCUUGUCUCCUGCGGUUGGCCACCUCUCGGAGCUCAAAGAACUCUCUCUUCCAAACAAUCAACUAGUUGAUCAACUCCCUCCCCAGAUUGUUGACUGCAAGAAACUGGAAAUUCUUGACCUUGGAAACAAUCAGUUUUGCGGUGAGGUUCCCUUUGAAUUAUCGAAACUUUUACGUCUGCGAAUUCUUGAUCUCUCCAACAAUAAAUUCUCUGGCAAUUUGAGUUUCUUGAAGCAAUUCCCCAACUUGGAACGUCUCUCUCUUGCAAACAAUCUCUUUACGGGGAUAGUUCCUAAAUCUAUACGUUCAUUUCGUAAUCUCCAAUUCUUCGACUUCUCUGGGAAUAGCUUUCUUGAGGGACCUGUGCCGCUGAUGAGCAAAGCUGGAUCCACGGAGUCUCAAUACCCAAAACGUUACAUAUUAGAGGAGAAUAAUAAUAUAACCAAAGGACACAGAAAUAUUUCUUCUGCAGCAGGGCCAACUGCAGCUUCUGCUCAAGCUCCUAGCCCAUCGUCAACAGAAGGUAAACAUCACAAGGGCAAAAAUGGCAGAAGGAAGCUAAGUGGUUGGAUCCUAGGAUUUCUCGCCGGAGCAGUUGCCGGAAGUAUAUCCGGGUUUGUGUUUUCGGUGAUGUUCAAGCUAGCAUUGGCAGCGAUAAGAGGUGGAGGAAGAGACUCAGGGCCAGCAAUCUUUAGUCCUCACGUGAUAAAGAAAGCAGAGCAUUUGGCUUUCUUGGAGAAAGAAGACGGGCUUGCUAAUUUAGAAGUCAUUGGUAGAGGUGGGUGUGGAGAAGUGUACAAAGCUGAGUUGCCUGGAAGUAAUGGAAAAAUGAUUGCAAUAAAGAAGAUCAUCCAACCUCCAAGGGACGCUACAGAACUAACUGAAGAAGACAGUAAGCUUUUGAACAAGAAAAUGAGGCAAAUUCGAUCAGAGAUAAACACAGUGGGUCAAAUUCGACACAGGAACCUUCUUCCUCUUCUGGCACAUGUGUCUCGGCCCGAUUGCCAUUACCUUGUGUAUGAAUUCAUGAAGAAUGGUAGUUUGCAAGACGUUUUGAAUCAGGUUUCAGAUGGCACUAGAGAAUUGGAUUGGCUUGCCAGGCAUAAAAUUGCGUUAGGAGUAGCAUCAGGGCUUGAAUACCUUCACAUGAAUCAUAGUCCACGCAUUAUUCACAGAGAUUUAAAGCCAGCAAACAUCCUUCUUGAUGAUGACAUGGAAGCUCGAAUUGCAGAUUUUGGACUUGCGAAGGCAAUGCCAGAUGCGAAUACACAUAUCACAACUUCCAAUGUUGCAGGAACCGUGGGAUACAUAGCACCAGAAUAUCAUCAAACACUCAAGUUUACAGACAGGUGUGACAUCUACAGCUUUGGCGUGCUGCUUGGGGUUCUGGUGAUAGGAAAGCUUCCAUCUGAUGAGUUCUUCCAAACCACCCGCGAAAUGAGUCUGGUCAAGUGGAUGAGGAAUGUCAUGACAUCCGAAAGUCCAAUGCAAGCAAUAGAUCCGAAGCUGAUGGGAAAAGGGUACGAGGAGCAAAUGCUGCUGGUCCUGAAAAUUGCUUGCUUUUGCACUCUGGAUGACCCAAAACAAAGGCCUAACAGCAAGGAUAUAAGGUGUAUGCUGUCUCAAAUCAAGCACUAGUCAAGCAUGCAAGAAGUUCGAUAAGCCUUUAGGAAUAAUGAAGCAUGUAAAAAAAAAUGCUUACUUUCAAACUUUGAUUUUGUGUAUUUAGCAAUCUAUGCAAGUUCUAGCAAGGAAAUGUGUUGUAAUAUGUUGUUUUGCAUUAUAGCAAUUUGUAUAAUUACAGAAUUUGAGCGUAUUCAUAUAGAAAGCGCCUAUUAAAAAAUGUAUUCAGAUCCUCAUAAGCUUGAGAAAUUGUUAAAUUUUGUAUACUCAACUCAAUUAAGCUUUAUCCUAAAAAUCUGAGGUCGGUUAUAUGGA